AUGCUUGACCUCAAUGACUUCAUCACCGAGCGUGGUGGCGAUCCUAACAAGAUCAGGGAGAGCCAGCGUCGGCGCUUUGCCCCUGAAGAGGCGGUGGACGAAGUGAUCGCGCUGUAUGAAGAAGCUCGGCGAGCUCGUUACGAGGUCACCCAGGUCGGAUCUCAGCUCAAUGCUCUUCUCAAGGAGAUUGGUAUGAAGAAGAAGAACAAAGAAGAUGCCAGUGAACUGAUCAGUCAGAAGGCGGACCUGGACAAGCGUAAGAAGGAUGCCGAAGAUGCUGCCUUGCAGAAGGAGGUGCAGCGAGACCGCAAGAUCCGCACCAUUGGUAACUUCGUUCACGAGUCUGUCCCCAUUAGUAACAACGAGGACGACAACAAAGUCAUCAAGACGUAUGCUCCUCCCAGUAACAAAUUGGGAGGUCCCGACUGCCUCUCCCAUCACGAAGUCUUGACUCGCCUGGAUGGUUACGAUCCCGAGCGUGGUGUCAAGAUUGUCGGCCAUCGCGGCUACUGCCUGACCGGGUACGGUCUCUUCCUCAACCUUGCUCUUGUCAAUUAUGGCCUGGAGUUCCUUUUCAACAAGGGCUACACACCUAAUCAACCCCCGCAAUUCAUGCUCAAGGAGCUCAUGGCCAAGACCGCCCAACUGGAGCAAUUUGACGAGGAACUGUACAAGGUUACCGAGAGCGAGGACAGUUCAACGGACAAGUACUUGAUUGCCACCUCUGAGCAGCCUUUAUCGGCCCUGCACAGCAGCGAGUGGUUGCAAGAGAAAGAUCUUCCCAUCAAGUACGCUGGAUACAGUACUUGCUACCGCAAAGAAGCCGGGUCUCACGGCAAGGAGGCAUGGGGUAUCUUCCGUGUGCAUCAAUUUGAGAAGAUUGAGCAAUUUGUUCUGACCAAGCCCGAGGAUUCGUGGCAAGCAUUUGAUGACAUGAUGGCUACCUCCGAGGAAUUCUAUCAGUCACUGGGUCUUCCAUACCAAGUUGUGGCCAUCGUUUCGGGUGCAUUGAACAAUGCGGCUGCCAAGAAAUACGACCUGGAGGCUUGGUUCCCAUUCCAACAGGAAUACAAAGAAUUGGUCUCGUGCUCCAACUGUCUUGACUACCAGUCCCGUGGUCUAGAGAUUCGAUUUGGCCAAAAGAAAGCCACUGAUCUGAAGAAGAGCUAUGUGCAUGCACUAAAUGCCACUCUCUGUGCCACCGAGCGAACCCUCUGCUGUGUCCUUGAGAACUACCAGAGAGAAGAUGGCAUAGAAGUUCCGGAGGUGCUUCGAAAGUACAUUCCCGGUGCUCCCACAUUCCUGCCUUACACCAAGGAUCUUCCUAAGGAUUCGACCUCUCAGAAAUCUAAGGGUAAAAAGGGUACUGAUGACGCUACCAAGAAGAUGGAGAACCUGAAGGUUUGA